AACAAAAACAAAAACCAAAAACAAUAAAGAAAAAAGAAAUCGUAUAAUUUCAAAAACCGAAAAAGAAAAUCCCAUUAUUAUGGCCUCUGCUUGUUCCUUAUCCCUUCCGGCCCUAGUUCCUCCUCCUGUUCCUUCAUUGGACCUCCCACCCAUCUCAACACCUUCUUUUAGAUAAAAGAACGAAAAAAAGGAAAGGAAUUCCAGCGAACCAGUCUAAAACAAGAACCCAAUUGGUCACCCAUGUGCAAAUUCUGAGUCGUUUUGCUUUGCUUUGGGCUUUUUCUUCUUGCUUUUUUGAGAAUAGUCAGAGAGAGAUGAACAACAAGAGGAGCCACCAGGAAAGCGCCGGUGGAGCUGGCUACGGUGGUAUAGGCAAGGGCCAUGAAUGCUCAUCAACGUCUAGCGGUAAGGCCAAGAUGUGGGAUGAAGAGCAGGACGCAGGAGGAGGAGGGAUGGAUGAGCUACUGGAGGUGUUGGGGUACAAGGUCAAGUCAUCGGAGAUGGCUGACGUGGCGGAGAAGCUGGAGCAGCUGGAGAUGGCCAUGGGCACAACGCUGCAUCUCCCAGGCGAUACCGUCCAUUUCAACCCGUCCGAUCUUUCUGGGUGGGUCCAGAGCAUGCUCACCGAGCUCAAUAAUCCAGCAGCCAAUCUUGAUAUUCUAGAUCACCCAGUGCUUCAGAGCCACCGUGUCGAUGAUCCUCUUCUGGCUCCUGCUGAAUCCUCCUCCGUCAGCACCGUCGGCUUUUCCAAUUCUCGGCAGCAACAGAUUGAGACCACCCAGUCCUCCCGGGUCUACAACGACGACUCUGAGUACGAUCUCAGAGCUAUUCCUGGCUCUGCUGCGUACCCGCAAACCCAAGAGAAGGAAAGUAACCGAAAGCGAUUGAAAACAUCAAGUGGGUCUAGUAAUUCUUUACCUCCGCCUACAUUACUGCCAUCUUCGCAACCAAUUGGGACUGUUGCCGAACCGACUCGGCCAGUGAUUCUGGUUGACUCGCAGGAGACCGGGGUCCGACUCGUCCACACCCUCUUGGCUUGUGCCGAAGCAGUCCAACAAGACAACCUGAAGCUCGCAGACGCUCUCGUCAAACACGUCCACGUGUUGGCGGCGUCGCAGGCGGGAGCCAUGGGAAAGGUCGCCGGGUACUUCGCCGAAGCGUUAGCUCGCCGGAUUUACAGAAUUUACCCACAAGAUUCUCUCAGCGUUAGCUACUCUGAUAUGCUGCAAAGGUACUUCUACGAGACCUGCCCUUACCUCAAGUUCGCGCAUUUCACUGCCAACCAAGCGAUACUAGAAGCGUUUGCGACCGCCAGCAGGGUUCACGUCAUUGAUUUCGGGCUAAAGGAAGGGAUGCAAUGGCCGGCACUAAUACAAGCGCUUGCAUUGAGGCCGGGCGGGCCACCGGCGUUCAGGUUAACCGGAAUCGGUCCGCCCCAGCCGGACAACACUGACGCUUUGCAGCAAGUGGGUUGGAAAUUGGCGCAAUUGGCGGACGCCAUUGGCGUCGAAUUUCAUUUCCGGGGCUUCGUCGCGAACAGCUUGGCAGACAUCGAGCCGUCAAUGCUCGAUCUUGGCCCCGCCGACACCGAGGCCGUGGCGGUGAACUCUGUGUUCGAGCUCCACCGCCUGUUGGCUCGGCCCGGCGCAAUCGACAAGGUGUUGUCCUCGAUCAAGGCCAUGAGGCCCAAGAUUGUCACCCUAGUGGAGCAGGAAGCCAACCACAACGGGCCGGUUUUUCUGGACCGGUUCACGGAGGCCUUGCAUUAUUAUUCCAGCUUGUUCGACUCGAUGGAGGGGUCUGGGUUGGUGCCGCCCACCGAUGACCAGCUCAUGUCCGAGAUGUACUUGGGGAGGCAGAUUUGUAACGUGGUGGCCUCCGAAGGGGCCGACCGAGUCGAGCGGCAUGAGACGCUGACCCAGUGGCGGGCUCGGAUGGGUUCAGCAUCGUUCGAGCCGGUCCACCUGGGGUCCAACGCGUUCAAGCAGGCCAGCAUGUUGUUGGCCUUGUUUGCGGGUGGGGAUGGUUACAGGGUGGAGGAGAACAACGGGUGUCUCAUGCUUGGGUGGCACACUCGGCGGCUUAUCGCCACCUCGGCUUGGCAACCCGCCACAGAAUCCCAUUGAGUCAACUCAGUUCAGUGAGUUUUGGCAACCGAAGGAGCGAGUGGGCGUGAUUAUCUCAGUUAGACGAGUGAGUGAGGUAGGGGUUAAAAAACCAAUCCAAGUGUGUAAUUCCUCUUUCCCUAGCCUUUUGUUUUUCUUCGUAAUUUAAUAAUAAUUUGAUUUUUAACUGGGGGUGAAAGUGGAAGGCCCUGCC